GACGGACGAGCCGCGCAUCCGCCACGACGAGGAGGGUGGUGCGGUGUGAGAGCCUGCAGGAAUCCACGAAGUCCACACACGAGACAAAAUGCGCUGAGGGGACGUGUGCGUGGAGCUCGGUUUGAUGACCAGAGGUUUCCUUCACACGGCGGUGACACCGAGUCCGGAGAGAAACACGAGAAGCGCAGAAGACAAGUUGUGAUUCCAGAGGAAAAUCCGAGGGGGAGAUGAAUACCAACGAUGCCAAGGAGUACCUCGCCCGGCGGGAGAUACCUCAACUCUUUGAGAGCCUGCUGACAGGGUUGAUGUACUACCGGCCCGAUGACCCCAUCGACUACCUGGAGGCCUGCCUGCAGAAAGUCCGGGAGCUGGGAGGGGCGGACAAGGUGCGGUGGGAUACCUUCGUGGGCCAGGAGAAGAAGUCCCUUCCCCCGCUCAAUGGGAGCCAAUCACGCAGGUCCCUCUUCAGAAAUGUGUUGCCCGACAGUCCCAACUUCCCCUACAGACGGUACGACCGCCUCCCUCCCAUCAGCCAGUUCUCCAUCGAGAGCGACUCGGACCUGUCGGAGACGGCGGAGCUCAUCGAGGAGUACGAGGUGUUUGACCCGUCGAGACCACGGCCCAAAAUCAUCCUGGUCAUCGGUGGCCCUGGCAGCGGCAAAGGAACACAGAGCCUGAAGAUCGCCGAGCGCUACGGCUUCCAGUACGUGUCCGUGGGCGAGCUGCUGAGGAAGAAGAUGAUCCACAACGCCACCAGCAACAGGAAGUGGAGCCUGAUUGCAAAAAUCAUCACCAAUGGCGAGCUGGCACCGCAGGAGACCACGAUAACCGAGAUCAAGCAGAAGAUCAUGAAGAUCCCAGACGCUAAUGGAAUCGUCAUAGAUGGGUUCCCUCGAGAUGUCGGGCAGGCCCUGUCCUUCGAGGACCAGAUAUGCACCCCCGACCUGGUGGUGUUCCUGGCCUGCACCAACCACCGGUUGAAGGAGCGGCUGCAGAAGCGAGCCGAGCAGCAGGGCCGACCCGACGACAACCCCAAGGCCAUCGACCGCCGUCUGACCAACUUCAAACAGAACACCAUUCCUCUGGUGAAGUACUUCCAGGAGAGGGGCCUUAUUGUCACGUUGGAUGCCGACCGAGAUGAAGAGGAGGUUUUCUGUGACAUCAGCACGACUGUGGACAACAAGUUGUUUCCUUCCAACGAGCCGGGAGCUGGUCCCAGUGAGCUGGACCUCGGUCUACUGGGUGACAUCAGCAGCCUGUCAGAUGUGGCUUGCAAAUACACUGAGCUGGACGAGGAGGAAGACGUCGGCUUUGAUGAAGCAGCGGUCGACAGUUAUAGCACCGAACACAGGAAACCAAAGGUCAUCUUCAUGAUUGGUGGUCCAGGCUCAGGGAAGUCGGUCCAGUGCCAGCGGAUGGAGGAACGGCUGGGCCUGCGUCACAUGACCCUGGGUGACCUGCUGUGUGCCGAGCUGCAGACUCGCAGCAGCAGAGGGCGCCACCUGCAGGACGUCCUGGAGAGAGGAGAGCAGCUGCCCAAGGACGUCCUGCUGGAGCUGCUGUGUGAAGCCGUGGCGUCCUCAGGACAGCAGCGGCAGGGGAAAGGCCUCGUGAUCAGCAGCUUUCCCAGAGACCUGAGACAGGCGGAGGAGUACGAAGCAAAGAUGGGUGAACCCAGUGCCGUGCUCCUGCUCACCUGCUCCCCCGACACCAUGUCCAGUCGGGUGGGGUGCCGCGGCACGUCCGGCUCCGGCCUCCAUCCCGGCUCAGAGAGAGAGGACGCCACGCACCGGGCGGCCGACAGCUUCUGCACCCACAGCCAGGCGGUGGCUGCCCACUACCAACACAAGAGGCUCCUGCACACGGUCGAUGCCGAGCGGUCGCCGGAUGAAGUGUUUGCUCAGAUCAUCCAGGCGUUGGACUCCUCCUCCUCCAUCGUCUGAUUUCUACCAUUCCCUCAGAACCACCAUCUCCCCCCCCCCACCACCACCACCACCACCCCUCCACUCUGCAGCCGGGGAGGUCAACCUCUGUACCCGACCCCCCCCUCCGCUCCCUCCCCCCUCCCCCCACCUCACACCUCCACAUACGCUCAUUGACCUCCAGUGGUAUGCAUGUAUCACCUGAUCAGUGACACCUCCCUCUGGAAGCCCCCGGCCGUCACCUCCUGCUUCACCUCCCUGCGUCGUUUCUCUCUCUCUCCCCGUGGAUCUGCUGCCACCUGCCAGACACUGAGAAACUCCCCCCCCCCCCCCCCAGGCUGAGGUGAAGGUGUCAGCCUGCGUCCCCGCUCUCAUGCACAGCAACAUGCGUCCCAUCGCGACGAGCAUGCAAGAAUUACAAUCAAGCUUCACGGCCUUUUGUGCGUUCAGCGAAUAACGAGCAGAGUGUUAUAUAUUAUAUUUGCAUUUGUAUGUUUCCAAGCUCAUCGUGCAAGUGCUUGUUGGAGUCCGGUGUUUAACAUUCAAUAAAGACAUUUGCUAAAC